AUGGUCGACAAUGGUUCUUUGCCUCAGUCCACUCGUGCUUCGCUGUUCAGGGCGAUCUUACUGGGAUGGACGAAUGAUGUCCAAUACAUCGUGCAGUGUGCUGCUGCAAGAGAUAUCGAUGUUAUGAUGGAAAUCGAUACACACGGCCACGCUGCUAUCAUUGUGACCACUUACACCGAAUACGUUGCUAGCUUCCACGCUAGCCCGUGGACAAACUUCGCCAACGAACCCCCUGCUGGCUAG